GUUUUUAACUAUAUACAUCUCAUGUGCAACUACAUCGAACACUAGUAGUAGCAUAUACGUGGUUGAUACGAGAGCUUAUUAAUUCAUACUUAGACAGUCAUGAGUUUGCUACAAGCUGUACGCCGUUGGGCAGUGAACAAGUCCGGAUAUAGAAAAUACGGUUUGAGAUAUGAGGAUAUUUGUAUGGAGGAGGCGAACCACAAUAAGGCUGCCAUCGCUCGCCUUUCGUCCGAGGAGCAGUACGACCGAAAGUUCAGAAUGAAGGUUGCGCUGGAUUUGUCCGCCAAGCAUGCCAUCCUCCCCAAGGAGCUAUGGACCACCGACGAAUCGGACAAGCGUUACCUCUCUGAGGGUCUAAAGCGCCUGGAGAAUGAGCACGCCGAGCGAGCGGCAUGGGACAACAAGGCCUAAGUGUUGUACCAGGACAGGGUCAUCUGUAGAUGAUCCCAAAGUUUCAUAAUAAAUUCUGUAACCCUGUUGUACGUACAUGGACCAGCACCUGCGUGUGAUGCAUAUGAUAGUCGUAUAGUUUAAACAUAGGGUGUGACAUGGUAG